CCCAGCUCUGGAGUUUCCCGGCUCUUGUGACCACCGACAGGCAGGAAAAGCAACAAAUAAGUUCAACUACCCCGCCACCUUCCCGCGCUCCCGUCCCGUCAAACUGGAACUUGAAGGCUUGCUCUUGCUUGAGAGUCCUCCGAGUCGGUAAAGCUGGGCAUUUUAUAGACGGUAAAGAGCAAACACGAAGCAACUUGCAUGCAACUGGACCAUCUGAGAACUGCCACCAUCGUCACCCACCUCCAGGUCGUGGUCCCCGCGUCCACCUUCUCGUCCAGGUGAAGGUCGAUGCCUCGACACCCUGCCCCCGGCCACCACUCACCCACUCACAACCGCCAUGCCGACCCGACUAAUACCGUUGCAACUCCCUCAAAAGGUGGAAAGAGAGAGGGCUCGGAUGCUGGAGCUCCUACAGUACAACUAUGACGCCGAUCACUCUUCCAUCUACUACACCCACAACUCGAGCUCUUCCUCGUCCGACAUUGCCUCACCACUGCCCAUCACACCAACCUUUUCGCGCCCCAGCCACUCGCGUUACUCUGGUUCGACCUCUUCGCUCGAGAACAUUAUGCCUCCGAAUGCCUCCUCCGAGUGCCCCAUCUCGCCAUUACAACAAACGCAUCCCAACAAGGCCAACAAGACCCAGCUCCCCGAUGUGCAAGAGGAACCUUUGGAGAGGGAUUCGGUCGACAUCUAUGAAGACGAGGACGAGUACGACCUUUACUCCGGUGCAGACGAGGCCAGGCUAGGGGGACUUUACGAUUGCCUUUGCGACGAGGCAUGCUCCCACCACAACGAUGUAGCCCAAAGCAUUACUACCCGCCCUUCCAUGACUUCGGAUUUCGACUACGAUCUCGGGUUUUUGAGCGACACGGAGUUCAGUGAUAGUUCAAGGUCAAAGAAGAGGAGGCAUGGAUCAGAUGCUGGAAUGUCGUCUUGGAGUUCGAGGAUAGGGUCAAAGCUCCCGAGCUUUUCAAGAUGGGGAUCCACGUCAAGGCGGAACCAGUUUGCUUCCGCACCCGCCUCCGUCUCGUCACUCGUCCAGCGUCCCAGCAUCUCCCGAAACUUCUCCCGUGCCGCCUCGAGCAGGUCAUCGUCAAUAUCCGCUUCGAUGCGACGCCCUUCCGAGCAGCUACAACAGCAGCAACAACCGCAAUUCACCGAACCACCACUUCCCACCACCCCUGCGCUCUCUUUUUACGGCAGCCCCGACGAAACUGUUUCUCCUGCUUCCCCGCUCGAAGAUGCGCAGGCAGCCGCUGGAAAAAGCCUGGAACGGGAACGUGCCUUGGCAGCCACUCCUCUCCUACCUCCUCUAUUCACCGAAAGCCCACCAACCCAAGGAAACACACAGUCGCUUCAAACAUCACCUCUGCAGUCGCCGACCGUUGCUUCUUACUUCCCGGAUAUAGGCAACCCCCAACACUACCCUACGCCACCGCUGAGCACCAAGGCAUCAGUAGCAUCAUUCCGCCGCGCAACCAUUGCGAGUACGAUCAGUGAACUACCCUCGCCGCUUCCAUUCCUCGAGGACCAGGAUGCUUGGUCAGAUCGUCUAGGGCAUGCCAACUUUACGAUCGAGCCCAGGCCCUAUGUACCAGACACAGCCGAUUUGGCAACAUACGAGGCCUUCCGUGCUGAUUGGAACCAAGCCAGGAUCAACUUUACCAAACACCUUGUCCGGACUGGAGAACACUACGGCCUGACGUCAAUCACUUACGGUUAUACUCAAGAAAAAUGGGCAGAGAUAGAGCAGGAAUGGAGCGGGGCUGAGGAGGAUCUCAUUCAACGACUGGAACCGCAGUUAACCAGGGCGACUACGACACUGCUCCGUCGUGCUACCGAGGAUGUGCUCCCGGCUGCCGUCCCGGAAAUGUUGACGGAUGAGGGCAAGUUUCCCGACCGCGGCGAUGUUGACAUUGUCGGGCCAAUGGUCCGCGAUGCGGUCAUGGCUGGACACGACGAUAAGAAGAACAGUGCCUCCCUUUGGCUCAAAAAUCUCGUGGACAAAGUGGGGCGUCGGAAGUGAAGCGAAGGAAGGGAAAAGCAUCAUGUGCCGCCCACGCUGAGUAGGGAGGCAGAGUACCGAAUCACGAUUCGAGAAAGCCGUUGGAUACUACCCCAUCUUUUUGUUUUCUUGUUCGAUGGAUGGAUUGGAAGCGGACAAACAGCCUGCUAU